UAGCAUAUGAAAAAUUCAUUUAGAAAUCUGCAAACUACAUUAAGGGCAUAUGAAGAAGGCGUAAAGAAAAAAUGAAGAGCACAUUAGGAAAACAUAAUUGCUUCCGAACAAAUAAUAAUCAGGCUUUCUUAAAUCAAGAAAUCCUUGGAAACAUGACUCAUUAGAACUCUUACACAACAGUGUUAGCAAUAACGUUGACCUCCUACUCCCUAAAAAUUGAUCAGUAUAAAGUCCUUGCGCUAAUGGUUGCAAUGAUUUUACCUUUGAUUUGGUAUUUGGUCUCAAUAUGCUAAUUUCAAAAAGCCCUCCUUGUGAUGUUGCUGUCUAGUUUCCAUACUGCUCUACCUGAUGACGUAAUUAGUUUACCCUAAACCUAACCCUAACUCUAACCCUAAACCUAACCAUAACCCUAAACCUAACCCUGACCCUAACCCUUUACUUGAAUAAUUAAUCAUACUAAUUUAUGACUAUUAAUCAUGCUUAUUUAUGACUAUCAGGUCGAGCAGUAUGGAAACUAGACAAUUCCCCUUGUGAUAGCCCUGCAUAACUAAAAACGUUUUCUCAAGGGGUCUUGACAUGCAAAGAAGAGUUGUUUCAAAAGCAUUGCUUAGUCUCAACCUUAUGGGGGCAUCAAAGGCAUCGAAGUUUUCAUUGCAAUUCCCCAUUGACUAGAAAAAUGUAGCUUUAGGCUACCUAGGGAUUAUUAAGUCUCAUUCCAUUCUUUGUUUUUGCAACAUAUUUCUUGAGGGAACAUGUCUUGAUUCUAUCAGACAAAACAGGUUACCACCAUAAGUAACUCUCUGAGAAUGGUAUUUUAUUUAGUUUGCGAUCAUGCACUGUCAGAUUUCAUUCCUUUCACGAGUCGCUUCAGAGGGCAACCCAACACGUGUGCUUCUCAACACUGGCAAGGAAGGAAGAAUUUAAAAUGGCAAUGGCCUUGUUGAGAAAAUCUUCAAAAUGGAAGUCCAGCGGAGCACAGCAAAAGCUCUUUAUUUCUGGAAAUGCGGAGGAGAUCUUUGAGACAUCUUAUUUGAAGUAGCACUUGUAAACAAUUUCCAUGGUUUCCAAGUUGAGAAUGACUACACUGUGUUAGAAAAAUAAUGAAAGAAGAGAAACAGCCAACCCUAGGUGAAGUGAACGCAGCGAAUCCUGUCGAAUUUAGUAGAGAUGUGCUUGAUGACAAUAAAGCUACAUGGGAGCAUGAAGACCUUGCAAAGGUUCAAGUACUUGUCUUUCAUGGCCAUGACAAAGGCGUAAAUUCAUGCUGCUUCAUGGAUAAUGAUGAAAUCCUGAUUAGUGCUUCAGAUGAUCACACAGUAAAGAUAUGGAAUCGAAAAAAGCAAGAAAAUGUUGGAACCCUCUCUGGUCAUGAUGGCAAAGUAACUUCCUGCCGUGCAUCAUUUGAUGCUAGAAGGAUUGCUUCGACAGGUUGGGACAAUCAUGUCAUUGUUUGGGAUACUAUCACCGGAAAACCAUUGUGGACUGGAAUCCACGAUGGAAUUGUCACAACAUGUGACUUUUCAUUCGACGGGAAAUACGUUGUCACCGGUAACGAUCUUGAAAAUGCUCUCAGAGUUUGGGAUGCAUAUAACGGAAAGCUUAUCAAGACAAUGAAUUGCCACCAGAAUACAGUCACGUGCUGUCGUUUCUCAAAAAUGACCUACCGGUUUUGCAGCACCUCGAUGGAUCAAACAACACGUGUUAUUGAUUUGCAGAAUUACCGUGAUGAUAUAUCUCCACACCAAGUACUUAGAUUGGGUGGCCACGAAAACAUCAUAUCAUGUGCAGGCUUUUCUGGGGAUGAUCGACGGCUUUGCACAGGAUCAUGGGACAAGACUUUAAAAAUGUGGGAUGUAAAUGCUGGUUCCUAUAGGAAAGAAGGCCCCGUCCCACUCACAGAAGGACACGAAGGAUCGAUCAGUUCGUGCAAGUUCAGCGAUGACGGGACUGUUCUUGUUUCCGCUUCCUAUGAUCAGACUGUUACGAUAUGGGAUGCAGAUCUGGCUUACAAGAAGUUCUCUUUACAGGGCCAUACAGGCUGGGUCACUGAUUGCGAUCUCAGUAAGAAUAUGGCACUUGUUGCCUCAUGUUCGAAAGAUGGCACCUUACGCAUUUGGAACAUUGAAAGAAGCGAAGAUAUUCCAAUAGUUUUACAAAAUAAACUAAGCAUCGGGCUGCAGAUGCUCAAGUGCCAGAAAUGCGGGAAAAUGUUCUCUAUAUCUAAAGCUCAAGACCCCGAUUCCUUCAAGUUCUGUGUAUUUUGCCGUCUCAAAGAGCCAGUUAGGCCAUUCUCAUCUGAAGAAUUCAUUGGAGAUGUAUCACCUUUACCACUUGUUCAUGACAGUUUGAAGUGAUCGAGAUACACCUGCAAUUUCGACUGGAACAGACCUUUUAAAUUCUUAUUAUCGGCUGUGUGAAACUAGAACUUUUGACAGUGACCCCGGUUCAAGACUAGAGCAAGCCAAUCAGCUGUUUAAAAUGCAAUAUGCAAGGAUACAUAUUUAGAUGCUUAGCUGCUUGUUGUAGUUGAUUUUAUCGUCGAUAAAAAUGCUUGAUCUGAGCAGAAUGUUGUUUAUAUCAGUCCAUCAUUGCUAACAAGAUUAAUUUCCCUGCUUUAUUUUUGCAAUUUUUAACUUUUUAAUACAUUGGCUUUCACUGAUAUUUGAAUUGCUUUGGGAAAAUUUUCUAUGAUUUACUUUAAGAACUUCUCGUUAUCAAACCAAACAUAUAGUACUUCAAUGUAGCUGAAAAUAAUAAUAACUACUUACGAUCAUUCUUACUUAAAAUUGUUAAAUUUUAUCGAUGCAAUGGUUGUCUGGCACGCAAUGUCUUGCUAACAUCGAUACCGACAUUUUAUCAUUCUUUUCUUUUCUUUAUUUACUUAAAAAGCCUUCCUUUUCAAAAUCUUCCCCUUGGAUAAAACCGCGGAACCAUGUCAUUGCAUGUUUUAGAGCAUUUUUCAUAGAUACUUGUCGAACUAUAAGGCGUUAAACAUUGACCAAACGGUAGGCGAAAAGUUUUGCCUAUGUGCAGAUCGAAAGUAACGGAAGAGGAAUAGUGGUGUGUUUGGUUGGUUCUUUGUUUUCACCAGUCAGCAAGCCGCUAACCCUGAACAUAGUUGAACUUUCAAAGGAAGAGAACAGACUCUUUCUAUCGAAACAAGUCAGAAAGCACUAAAUUAAAAAUAUUUGAUAAAACAAUGAAGUACAAAACAUAAACUGGAUAAAACAAAGAAGUAUAAUUCUUGCAUUAUGAGUUGCCAUAUGAUCUUAUGCAUCAAAAUGAUGCUUGUUGUUUUUCCGGCUUCACAACAAAGUCCAGCUUGUUUAAGACUGGGGAGUAUUUGUAAACCCUAUAACAGGCCAGAAGAUUGUCCACACAGUCUUGCUGAACAAUGAAGUAAAAGUCCUUUUAAUUUCCAGCAUGGGGCAUUUGCAAUAGAUCAGCCUGCAGCAUGACUUUCUUUCACUGCAUCUGCUAAUCCUCGCUCAGUUCUACCCACACCAACCAUUGUUCUUCAAUAUACAAUCAUUAAGUGUUUAGUUCUGUGAUGAAACAGAUGGUUCUGUUAAAUUUUUAAUAGAAACAACAUUGGAAAUGCAUCUGGUUCUCUCACAUCUUCUUGAAGUCUGCAGUCUUCUGGUUUCUUUUUAUCAAUAAUUGAUAAAGCGAAAUUUCUUCACAGCUUUGCUGCGGUCGUUAGCUAAUGCUUAUCGUCGAAUGUAAUGCUUGAUUAUUGUGCAUCUUGAGGCCAGUAAUUACGAUAAUUUCUUUUGCGUUUGAAGUUCUGUUGAAAUUACUUAGCUUAGGUUAUUUCGUGUGUUGCACUGCACCGCCGAAUGUUUUUGCAUUCAGGCUGCUUUUAUUCAUAAUCUGCAUUGUAUAAAGUUUAAAGCCUGGAAUACUUUUUCGUAAAACAUCGUAUAUCUGCUGGAACAGAUUUUAUUAUCUCUUGCUGCUGUCUUCUUUACAAUUUAUGGAAUUUUCAUAGGAGUUAUUGCAAGCUUUCUUAAAUAAUGUAAUUAACAUGAAGAAAACAAAUUACUGGUUGUUCAAUAAAAUCCUCACAAAAAAUCAAGAAUUAGGAGCAGGGGUGUAGUGCUAAGGGGUGCUGAGCCUCCCCUUGUUGAUGCCAAAAAUUUGCAAAUUUGCUAUUGUUUUUUGCAACAUUUUGUGCAAUAGCCCCCUAGCACGACACCACUGAUUAAGAGCCAAACUAUUUUUCAUAUGCUUGCAAUAUGUUCUCUUUUUUAAAACACCCGAAACGAAUUCUUCAGUUUCAUCUUUGAUCUGAAGGUAACGGUUGAUAUGUAUUUGGUAAAUAGAGAAAUGCAACUAAUUCGACUUUUGUAACUUAGUGAGUAAGUCAGCAGUCAGCAAUUAAGUUUGGUUAUAAGAGAAGUCAUUGGAAGUGUGGAAGUCACUCUCAGUACGCUAUCUCAUUUGUAUCAUCCUUUCUCUGUUGAUUUUUCACCAUUAAUUUAAUCUUAUUUCAAGCAUUCAUUGCUAGGUAUUUGCAAUAAAACGCAUAUGCUGCAUUCCGAGCGAACUAUUGAAUCAUUGUAAAGAAAAUCUCACACAAGUUUACUGAAUAAAGGUUUUUUCAAAUGCUAUGCGAAGGUAGUCCUCUUAGAAGCUUAACAAUCGCUACACAUAUGCUUCUCCUGCACGCCUAUGUGCAUCAUUAUCUGCAUAAAACCUGCAUGACACCUAACAGUAAAUACGUAAAAGAAUAUAUAUUUAUUAGAAUGAUAGUACAAAUAAUCAUACUACACAUUAAACUGCACAUAAUGAUGCUACUUACACAG